AGUCAUUUAAGAGAAUGCUAGUAAGUCUCUAAAAUUCAAUCCAAGUUAGAGAUGAUUGAGUGAGGAUGAUUUGAAAAAUCAGGUACCCUGCAUAGAUAUGAAUGAAAUAUCAUUAGACUUUCAGCUUGAUGAAAGUGAAAAUGAAUCUGGAAUAAUUCAAGGCUUUAGAGCCUUGCUUCUGAAAUGUGAAGAAUCAAAUAUUGGGAAAGAAGUUUUAAGAGAAGAAGGUGGAUUGGACAUUUUGGUAGAAUAUCUACUAGACAUCGAAAGGCCCAAGAUUAUUCAACAUGCUUCAAAACUCUUAGCUUUUGUCAUUGAUGGAAACACUUGCAAUCAAUCUUAUUUGACAAGGAAAGAAGUUGUACAUGCCAUCAAGUUGAUUUUUGAGAAGAUAAACUUUUUGCCGACUCUGAAGUGUACUGUAGUACUUGCUUCAAUGAUGUUAUCUCAAAAUAGUGCCGCACAGAAUCUUUUUUUUGAAGAAGGAUGCAUUGAAGCACUAAUACAGCUAUAUAAAAAAUAUUUACCUGUGAAAAACUCUGAAAAUUGCUAUCCUGACUCAAAUUGUAUUGAAAAUCAUUCUGAUAUUUGGCUGUGUUUAAACAGUGCUUUAUGUUUAGCAGUGAAUAAUCCAAUGAAUGAAAACAACCAGCUGUUAUGUGCUACUCUUUUCCUAGUAUCUCUUGGAAUAUUUGAAGAGUUUUUCAACUCAGAGUAUAUUGAUUCAGUGUCAUCAUUUCUUACUGUAUGUAUUGCAAACAAUUUGCAAAACCAAGAUGCAUUUGCAGAAUUUAAUGGUGUACUCAUUCUAAAGCACAGUUUGGAAAAACAUUUUCAGUCUCUUCACUUGUCUGAGAAUUCUUGUAUCUAUGACGUAAACAAAGUAACUUUAGAAAACAUAAAAGGCAUCAUUAGAAUCAUUUGUGUCACAUCUUUACAACAUGAAAGUAAUUCAAAAUUGUUUGGAAAACUUGGAGUUGUGUCCCUGUUGAUGAAAAUUCUGUCUGUUGAUUCUUUAGAUGAUCACCUAUUAGACAAAACUUUGCUAGCUCUUUACCAUAUCAUUCAUGCUUACAGUUUAAAUAAAAUCUACUUGAUGCAAGGUGGGAAUUACCAAAUAUUGCUGAAAAAGAAAUUGACUGUAGUUGAUCAUGAAUUAAAACUUGCUCUUGACUGCUUGAUUGAAAUUUGUUUAACUAAUGACAAUACACUUUUAGAUGAUGAAAUUAGAAAUGAAGAGGAUGAAUCUAACAGCGAUAAAGACUUUCUUUGUUUGUUUGAUAAGAACAAGAAAACAGUGGUGAAUCCAGUCUCUGAAUUAAGAAACAAUAAUAGAACAUUUGAUUUUUAUGAAAAUAAUAAAUUAGAUGCCGAAUUGUUGUCAAACAGUGAACAUGAAAAAUCAGAUUUUUCUUAUUUACCAAUUUAUGAAAUUCUGAAAAAAUGCAUCAUUGAUUUACAAAACUGCAAACAGCUUGUGGAUGAAUUUUGGUGGAAUCAGAAAUGUGACCGUUUACAUUCGGAAUACUAUUUUUCUCCUCAAAAUAAGAAGGUUCAAUCUGCAAUGAAUGUAAGUAGAUGCAGUGAAAAUAUUGAUGAUUUAAAUUAUGCAAAUCAACUUCAUAUUAAAGAUAUUAUUUGUCCUAAAGUACCAGAAUUACUCUGUGAAGGAUCAUGUAUUGACAAACUCCAUUCUGAAUCUAUUUCAAAGAACAAAAGUAAAAUUACCUCUUUACAGUGUGAUAACUUUGAUUGCAGUACAACUCAAAAUAGAGAAAAGCAAAUUAGACAAUUCUUGUCAGACAAAGACUCACCAGAAAAAGAGAAAGAAAGUUUUAUUAACAACUAUUUUAGUUUCAAACCUAUUCACUCAUUCUUUUCUGAACAAUGCAAUACUAAAAAUGAAAAAUAUUUUAAGAAAAUCAAAGCUGUGAAAUUACAUGAUGGCAAUCAUGGAAAAUGUAACAUUGAUUUAAAUAAUUUCAUGGAUUUUUCAUCCUAUGAAAGUACAAGAAAAGGAAUGACUGAACAAAAAUCAUGUUCUGAUUGUGAAAUCUCCACAACUUCUGAAUGCAAAUUGAAUAAUUCCGUAGAAAAUUUUUGUACAUCAACAACUAAACCUUCUUUUAUGAAACAGUGGGAUAACUUGAGCGAUCCUUGUUUUUUAGAAGCUAAAUCAAAACAAUGUCUGGAAAAUGUAGCCGAAAAUAGCAGAUGGGCCAAAAAUGAUUCAACUCUUUCUAAAACGGGAAAGAAAAGUAUAAAGAAACUGAAAGGUUUAAAAGGAAAAAAAGGAUCUCGGGAUAAUUUUGUUGAAGUGCUUUGCCUAGGAGACUCGACUGAUCAGCUAACAACCUCAACUGAAAUGAUGCAAGUUUUUCCGAAAACUUUGUUGCCUUGAGUGUUGCUUUAAUAUUUAUUUAUAACAUUGAAACAUAAAAUCUUUAA